AUGGGAGUGAUUCAGCGUGUCACUGAACCGACGGAAUGGUGUGCACCCAUGGUCCCUGUGGUUAAAAAGGGUAACCGUGGUAUUCGAAUUUGUGUUGAUCUAAAACGCCUGAACCGGUCUGUGGUCCGUGAGAAAAGUUUCUUGCCGUCUAUUGAAGAUGUGAUCUCAAAAUUGUCAGGCGCCAAACAUUUUUCGAAACUUGACUGUUCUUCUGGUUUCUGGGCCAUACCACUUGACCCAGAUAGUGCUAAAUUGACCACCUUUAUAACACCCUUCGGCAGGUUCUGUUUUCGCCGCCUCUGUUUUGUCAUUUCUAGUGCGCCAGAAAUCUUUCAGACCAAGAUGGCCAAUCUGCUGAAAGAUCACGACGGUGUUAUAAUUUGGAUGGAUGAUAUUUUGAUAUAUGCAGCCACACAGGAGGAGCAUGACAAACGUCUCCAACGCGUACUUGACACUAUAGAGAAAUCGGGUCUAAAACUAAAUCGACCAAAGUGCCAAUUUGAUAUGGACAAACUUGACUUCAUUGGCCACUGUUUUAGCGCCGAGGGAGUCUGCCCCUCGAAAGAGAAAGUGAAGGCCAUUCAGGAGUUAGCUGCGCCGCAAUCUGUGACUGAACUCAAGAGAGUUCUGGGUAUGAUCACGUACCUCGGUCGCUCUGUCAACAACUUGUCCACUGUGGCAAAGCCGAUGACUGAUCUCCUGAAAAAGGACACUCACUGGUCGUGGGGACACCGCCAACAAACCGCAUUUGAAAAAAUCAAGGAAAUGAUCUCCAGCGCUCCAGUACUCUCAUAUUACGAUCCGUCGUUACCUACCACCGUUAGCGCAGACGCCAUUAGUUAUGGGCUCGGAGGAGUCCUACUCCAGGAAAAGAACAACCGUCUCUCUCCUGUAGCUUUCGCAUCAAGGACACUUACCGACGCAGAAAAGAAAUACGCGCAAAUCGAGAAGGAGGCCGUAGCCUCUGUGUGGGCUUGUGAAAAAUUCUCACAGUAUCUGUAUGGACUUGACACUUUCAAAAUAUUGACAGAUCAUAAACCCUUAGUACCAUUGAUGAUUGAUAGAGACUUGGACAAAGUUCUAAUUCGUUGCCAGAGAUUACUCAUGCGCCUCAUGAGAUUCAAUGCCAAAGUUGAGCAUGUGCCAGGAAAGACAUUAGUUAUCGCCGACGCGUUGUCUCGGAGUCCUUUGUCCGUGGACCCCGUUGACAAGACUGUAUGUGAAAUCCAAGCCGCCAUUGACGCCUAUGUCGAAUCGGUCGAAAACAGCUGGAAUGUGUCUUUGAAUAAACUUGAGGAAAUAAGGUCAGUUAGCGCAAGGGAUCAAACUUUCGCGGAUGCCAUGAAAUUCACGCUCAGUGGCUGGCCAGACAGAGCCAGCGACGUCCCUAUGCAUCUCAAAAACUUCUAUGGUGUGAGAAAUCAUCUCUCUGUUGCCAAUAAUCUCUUGCUGUACGAUAAUAGGAUCGCCAUUCCCGCCGAAUUACAGCAGGAAAUUCUAGCUCGAAUCCAUGACGGUCACAUGGGUGUGACUAAGUCCAGGGAAAGGGCAAAAUCGUGUGUCUGGUGGCCUGGUCUCAUCAAUGACAUUCAGAACGUUGUAGAAAAGUGCUCAUUUUGCCAGGAACAUCGGCCUAAGCAAAAUAGGGAACCACUGAUUACAACCCCCAUGCCAUCCCAGCCAUGGGACAGGAUCGGAGCAGAUUUGUUCACAAUGGUAUUAUUCAACCAUGACUCCUAUCUUGUCAUGAUGGACUAUUUUUCGAGAUACAUCGAAAUUGCCCACCUUGGGAAAACCACCACUAGCAAAGUCGUCAUCGGCAAAAUCAAAGCCAUAUUUGCCCGCCGGGGUAUACCAAGAACUGUGGUUACGGACAAUGGUCCUCAGUUUUCAUCCGUCGAUUUUGCUGCUUUUGCUAAUGACUAUGGUUUUGAACACAUCACAUCCAGCCCCACCUAUGCUCAAUCCAAUGGUGAGGCUGAGGCCGCGGUAAAAAUCGCAAAGAGAAUUCUAAAACAACCCGAUCCGUACAAAGCUCUACUAGCCUAUCGGGCUACACCCAUCGCUGCGACCGGGUUUAGCCCAGCCGAAAUGUUAAUGGGACGCCAACUCAAAACAACCCUUCCUGUUCUCCCUAGGAAUACCGAUCCAGAAUUCAGUUUUUACGGUCAAGCUCGAGAAAACGACGAAAGUGCAAAAACUCAUCAGGAAAUGUACUACAAUCGCAAGCAUGGAGUACGUCCUCUUCCGAACAUUGCCCCUGGUAAUGUUGUCCGAGUCAAAACUGAUCAGGAAAAAUCGUGGAAAACGUCUGCUACUGUUAUCGACAAACAUCCGUCUACCCCUCGUUCCUUUAUCGUUCAGACCGAUUCAGGAUCAACUCUCAGGAGAAAUCGACGACAUCUGCAAUCUGUAUCGGUACCCAAUCCGGGUGUACCGUCGUCGCCUUGUCGAAAUUGGUCAGAAGUGCCGCCAUCUUCUCCGUGUCGAAAUUCGUUGACAAUGACUCCCGUUGCUGAAAAUAACCCUAGUGCCCCUGUUCCACCCGCAGGAAGAGUGAUUUCAACUCGCGCGGGUCGUGUAGUCAAACCCGUUCAAAAACUCAACCUCUAG